CUAGCAACGGGGGGAAACAUGGCGAAGGAGUUUCAGCUCUCUAAACGGAUUUUUAUCAACAAUAUAGAUUCAUACUCAUCAAAAUACAUCGCUAAGUAUCUAUCCACCUGUGCUGUCGGAGCGUCUCUGGAGGAGGAUGAAGGAGAGGAAGAGGAGGAUAAAGUUUCCAGAAAAGACAAUAAUGUACAAGACGACCGAUUUCAGAUCGUUGGAACAGUUAGAAAUAAAAAUGAGAAAGUGAAAAGCUUUGCGGUGGAAGAAUACUCGGCAUUAAGCCGAGAUGAGCUCCUACAGCGUCUGAUGGAGUGUGAUGUUAUUGUGUAUAACAUCUCGGAGGAUGCUGAAGUGACUGAUGAAGCAACAUGGGCCGUUUCAGCCCUCCACAGUGAAAUGGAGCACUUUAGAUCUCCCAAAAUGUUCGUUUUGGUGUCAACACUGAUGUCAUGGGCGAUGACUAAACCGGCUGAUCCUGAUGAUCCUGAAAUUCCUCUGAUCGAAGACGACUUCAGACGAAAAAGACCACAUCCAAGCUUCAAAGAACAAGCCAGUGCGGAGAAACUUGUGUUGAAGUUGGGAAAAACUAAAAAUUAAUUCAUUUUUAAUAAAACAAAAAAGUCCAAGCUCUCCACUUAUGUUGUGGCUGCAGGGCUGCAGUACGGGAUGGGCGAGGGUGUUUUCCACUUUUUCUUCAAGGCAUCCUGGCUUGGAGAGUUGAACAGCAUCCCUGUUUUUGGGUCCGGCACGAACAUCAUUCCUGCCAUCCACGUCUACGAUCUGGCUUGCGUAGUACAAAACAUCAUCGAUCAGAAACCCAAAGCACACUAUUUCAUUGCUGUGGACGACUCCAAGAACACACUUGAGGAUAUUGUGAAGGCCAUUUCAUAUGUGCUGGGUCCUGAAGAGGUCAAUAAAGUCUCCAGAGAAGAUGCACACCUCACUCAGGAACUUACACAAACUGAUUUAGAUCAGCUAAGCCUGAACCUCCGGAUUGAACCAGUUUUGCUGAGAGACAUGUUUAAUCUGCGCUGGGUGUGUGAAUCUGGAAUCGUAGAGAACAUUGACUGUGUUGUGGAGGAGUACAAACAGACAAGACGGCUUCUGCCGAUCAAGAUCUGUCUCCUCGGCCCCCCCGCUGUUGGGAAGACUUCAGUGGCAGCACGUCUGUGUAACCAUUAUAAACUCCAUCAUAUUAGAGUCAAGGAGGCCACUGAGGAAAAAAUAAAACAUCUGGAGGAAAUGCUUCAGCAGAGUGAUGGAGAAAAUGAGAAUGAUGAAGCACUGAAGGAGGCUCAGGAGCUACUGGACUCUCUGAAGGACAGUCUGUCUCAGAGAGGAGACCAGCUGGAUGACGAGAAUGUUUUGCGAAUCAUCAGAGAGAAGCUCAACUCAAAACCUUGCAGAAAUCAAGGGUUUGUUUUGGACGGCUACCCCACUACAUACGAGCAAGCUAAAGAACUCUUCUUUGAUGAAGAUAUGGAAAAGGACCCCCGAUCCAAACUUCUGCCACACAACAAAAAGAUAAUCCCAGAGUACAUCUUCUCACUGGACGCCACUGAUGAAUUUCUGAAAGAGCGGGUCCGGAACCUCCCCCAGAGUGUAGCAGAGGAGAUGCACUACACUCAGGAUGAGUUUCUGCAGCGCCUCUCCACAUUCAGGGAGGCAAACACAGAGGAUGACACAGUGCUUAACUAUUUUGAUGAGCUAGAGAUCCAUCCAGAGCACAUAGAGAUCAGCAACAUUGAUGAUACUGGGAAUAGGGCUGUGAUUGAGAAGAUAAUCGAGGUAGUGGGAGGGGCAAUGAACUACGGCCCCACACAGGAGGAACAGGCAGAGGAAGAGAGAAAAAGAGCCAUGAAGAGACAUCAGCAGCUUAUUCAGGAAGCAGCAGAGAGGGAGCUCAUAGAGGCAGUGGAGAAGGCCAGAAUGACUGUUCUACUGGAGGAAUGGAACAAGAAUGUGAAGGAGGUGAAGAAGCAGGAGCAUGAGCUGCUGGAGACUCGCUCUAUACCCAUGAGGCACUACCUGAUGAAGUACGUCAUACCAACACUCACCCAGGGGCUGCUAGAGUGCUGCAAGGCUAAACCUGAGGAUCCUGUCGACUUUCUGGCUGAUUAUUUUCUCAGGAACAUCUCAGAAGAUUAGUCAUCUGCUGUUGACCUGAUCCAAAGUGGAAGAAUGAAGAAAAGUUGUGUGGUUUGCAACUCAUACUGUUUUUUUCUCACUCAGUUUAUUCCAUAUGUUCACAUAAUUGAAAAUAAGGAUAUUGAGGCACUCAAAGUAUGCACACUUCACUCUGU